UUGUUUUGUUUUGGUGUCGCAUCAUGAAAACCUAUCUUGUGCUUUCAAGUUUGCUGUACCUGGCGUCAGGAGACACUAACACAGGUGGGAUCUGCUGGUUACAGCAAGGACGGGAAGCCAAAUGCACGAUGAUUCUCCAGAUGGGGGUUACUUGGGAAGAGUGUUGCGGCAACGGAAAUACAGACAUGGCCUGGUCAAACUACUCACACCCGGACAACAAGAUCGGCCUUCUUAGGAUCUUGGGCCUUGUGACCUGCCACCCCUGCAAAGAGUCCUGCGAAGGGGUGGACUGUGGAGCAGGCAAGGUUUGCAAAAUGAAGCACAGGCGCCCGCAGUGCGUCUGUGCUCCAGAUUGCUCCAACCUUCCCAGGAAGCUUCAAGUAUGCGGCUCCAACGGCUUCACCUACCAAGAUGAAUGUGAGCUUCUCAUGGCCAAAUGCAAAGGGCAGCCUGACUUGGAGGUCAUGUACCAAGGACAAUGCAAAAAAUCUUGCUCCAGCGUGGUCUGCCCUGGGACCCACACCUGCGUGGUGGACCAGACUGGGAGUGCCCAUUGUGUGAUGUGUCGCGUUGAACCCUGUCCAGACCCCACCAGCCUAGACCGCUCAAUCUGUGGAAACAACAAUGUGACCUACCCUUCUACCUGCCACCUACGGCGAGCCACCUGCUACUUUGGUCAAUCCAUAGGGGUCCGGCGUUACGGAAGGUGUACAUCUCCAAAUAAAAACGCCUUGGACACAGAUGAUGCUGAAGAAAACUACAUUUGAAAAUCUAUUUUGGGGUUGCUUCUCUCCUUGAUUAGUUUCCAUCCGUUGCUUCUUCUCCUG